UAUAUAUAUAUUCGAUAAUUCAGAGAUUUUUUUUUAGUUUUCUUUAAAACUUUGAUAUUUUUAAAAGAAUGAAAAUCAAUAUGAUUUUAUUUUUUUUCAUUUUCUUUUUCUACUUCUCAUCACAAAUAUUUGUCACAGCAAAAGAUAUGGAUCCAAAAAUUGUUGGCGGUUCAUUGGCAAAAGAAGGACAAUUUCCAUAUCAAGUUUCACUUAGACGAAAUAAUAAACAUUUUUGUGGUGGAUCAAUUGUUAAUGAUAAUUGGAUACUAACAGCGGCUCAUUGUUUAACGGGAGGUCUAUUUGAUAUUCCUAGAUUCAAUGACAGUAAUAUUGAUGUUGUUGUUGGAACAAAUACUUUAGACGAAGGAGGUGCUUUUUAUAAAUCAAAGAAAAUUAUACCACAUCCUAAUUAUAGUUCUUUACUAAUAAGACACGAUAUUGGACUCAUUCAAUUAGAGAAACCAAUUGAAUUCAAUGAUAAAAUUAAAUCUAUUCCACUUCCUGUUGAUGAUUUUUCGAAAUUUGGAAAUUCUGCCGUUUUAUCUGGAUGGGGAACAACUUCUUAUCCCGGAAAGCCGCCAAAUGAACUGCAACAUAUUUUCCUAACUGUAAUUCCACAGAAAGAAUGUUUAAAUACAAAUUUUCGAAUAACGAAUAGCAAUAUUUGUACACUGAAUAAAAAAGGGGAAGGUGCUUGUCACGGAGAUUCUGGUGGUCCUUUGGUUGCUGAUGAUGUUCAAAUUGGUAUUGUUUCUUGGGGGAAACCUUGUGCCAAAGGUCAACCAGAUGUUUUCACACGUGUAUACAGUUACAUGGACUGGAUAAAUAAACAUAUUAAAUCCAACGAAUCUUCAAACAGUGUCGAUGACUAGUGAAAUUUAUAAUAUUAUAUUUUUAAACCGGAAUGUAUUUCACUUUAACAAAUAUAUAACUUUCAGUCUGUAAAUUAUUUUUCAAUUCAAAUUUAAUUUGUUAAUCAAUAUUUUUUUUAUUUAUCCAUUAAUAAAUAAAAUAAAUAAAAAUAAA